GUCAUUUUCUAUUGGUCCGUACAGUACAGACACUACUCAACAAACAAGAUAGGCUGAAUCACUGUCGGGAUGGAUGCAGCUACUCUCACAUAUGACUCAUUGCGCUUUGGAGAGAUCGAAGAUUUCCCAGAGACCUCAGAGCCUGUCUGGAUUUUGGGAAAGCAUUUCAGCGGACUAACAGAGAAAGAUGAGAUUCUGGCUGACGUCACUUCACGUUUGUGGUUCACUUAUAGAAAGAACUUCCACCCAAUCGGUGGCACUGGGCCCACUUCAGACACUGGCUGGGGCUGCAUGCUCCGAUGUGGGCAGAUGAUUCUUGGGGAGGCCUUGAUCUUCAGGCACUUGGGUAGAGACUGGAGAUGGAGUCCAGGUCAGCGGCAGAGAGCGGAAUAUAUCAGUAUCCUCAAUGCCUUCAUUGACAAGAAGGACAGCUUUUAUUCCAUUCAUCAAAUAGCUCAGAUGGGUGUAGGUGAGGGCAAGGGGAUAGGCCAGUGGUAUGGUCCUAACACAGUGGCACAGGUACUCAAGAAACUGGCAGUUUUUGACUCCUGGAGCCGACUGGCAGUUCAUGUAGCUAUGGACAAUACUGUGGUCAUAGAGGAAAUCAAGAGGUUGUGUAUGCCAUGGCUGGACUUUGAUAGGGGAGCAUGUGCAGCUUCUGAAGAGCCUCGGGAGAUGAAUGGAGAUCUGGAGGGGGCUUGUGCUCUGGCAGACGAAGAGACUGCUCUGUGGAAACCUCUUGUUCUUCUGAUUCCUCUAAGACUGGGCCUUAGUGACAUCAACGAAGCCUACAUUGAACCACUCAAGCAAUGCUUCAUGAUGCCUCAGUCUUUAGGAGUAAUAGGUGGCAAGCCGAACAGCGCUCACUACUUUAUUGGCUUUGUAGGUGAUGAGCUGAUUUAUCUAGACCCCCAUACCACACAACCAGCUGUGGAACCGAGUGAAGAUGGUCAGUUCCCAGACGACUCCUACCACUGCCAGCAUCCUCCCUGCCGAAUGCAUAUCUGUGAGCUUGACCCCUCCAUUGCUGCUGGCUUCUUUUGUCAAACAGAGGAUGAUUUUGAUGACUGGUGUGCACAGAUUCGUAAGGUUUCAAACUGUAGAGGUCUUCCUAUGUUUGAAUUAGUGGACAGUCAGCCAUCCCAUCUAACUAGUGCCGAUGUACUUAAUCUCACUCCAGAAUUCUCUGAUUCAGACCGGCUCGAACGUUUCUUCGAUUCUGAAGAUGAAGAGUUCGAAAUCCUGUCUUUGUGAAGAAAGAUUACUUUUGCAAGACUUUCAGAAUACUGUGGUAGAACCUCCUAAGAGGACAGAGGAGUGAGAGAAGAGAAAUACCACUGAUGAGUGUGGUAUUUGGUGGCAUAUUCACAGCUUUCUUCUUAAACUGCUAAACUGAUUGUCCUGUGUCAAUUGAGUGAGCCAAGGUCAAGGGUCACAGGCACUCAGGAUCAUCACUAUGUGCUUUGUCGCAUUUUAUGUGUAUCCAUAUUGAGUCUUAACACUAUAGAUUUAUUUUCAAGUUUUAUGGUGCCUUUUUACCAUCUUAACUUAACCACAGGUUUGCCAUAACACACUUUUUGGUUUUGGUUGAGAGCACUGCUUAUUGGAUCUGAUUAGGCAUUUACUCUCAACCAAUGAAAGUCAGUGAGAUUUUGGACCUGUAUCGACUUGUAAAUGGCAACCAAGGAAGGUUGAGCAUUUACAGACUGGGUAGGUUGUGUAAUUAUACAGAACUUUUUUUCUUCAUGUUAAUAAUCUCUGUACACAUGUUUAUUUUAUGAGUAUUUAUUUAAUCAAUAAAUGUAAAAAUACA